UCCCAACAGAGCAGCCAAGAACAAAGACAUCUCUCUGUGAAUGGGAUUCCAAAUUGACUCAGUGAGUCAAGCCAACAAUCCCAUAAUCAGAGCACAUCAAAAAGCAUAGGAUGAUUUGAUAGUCUCACAUUUUCAGCCUAGCUAGUCCGAUUCGUAUCAUCUAGGGGAAUGGCCAGUUUUAGGAUGCUGCGGUUUCUUCUUCUGCUUGUUCUUUCCACGACAAAUGUUUUAAUCCUACACCCAGUUGGGACCUAUGCCAAUUCCACGACCAAUGCAAAGCAACGCCAUAAGCCCCUGUUUGUGUUUGGGGAUUCCGCAUUCGAUCCUGGGAACAACCAGUAUCUUGACAGGAUGGAGAAGGGCCCGGCCUACUACUCGCCUUAUGGACAGCACUUCUUCGCCGGCGCCACUGGCAGACACUCUGAUGGUCGUAUCGUGCCCGACUUCAUCGCCCAAAAUGCGAACUUGAGUUUGAUUCCGCCAUGCCUAGAAACGGGCGCAAAUUUCACCAACGGCGUGAGCUUUGCCUCAGCUGGAGCCGGAGUUUUCAGCGACCUCCCUGGAGUCAUGAAUCUGGAGCAACAGGUGAUGAAGUUUGAUGAGAUAAAAGAGUGGUUUGUUCAGAAAUUCGGGGAUGUUAAAUCUAGGAAGGCCCUCAAGAGAGCUGUGUAUGUCUUCGGCUUCGGAGGUAAAGAGUACCUCAGCCUCUACUUCAAUGGCCAUAACAUCUCCAAAACCUACCAAAGGCUGUACGCCGAAAUGGUGGUCAGAAACUUAACAAAUGCAGUGUUGGAGCUAUAUAAUGCAGGAGGAAGGAAAUUCGGGUUUCAAAAUGUUGGCCCCUUAGGUUGCUUGCCGAUGCUAAAAGCAAAGAAGCCGGAACUGAAAGACGCAUGCAUAGAGGAACUAAUGUCGAUGGCAAGAAAGCACAAUAAAAUUCUAGCGGGUACCCUCAAGAGACUGGGGGAAUAUAUGCCGGGGCUCAAGUACUCCAUCUUCGACCACUACAACUCACUCCUGGAUCGAAUCAAUAAUGUGACAAAUUACGGAUUCGAAGAAGGAAAGGCGGCAUGCUACCAGAACGAGCCCGAGGCGCUCAACUGGAUGAAUUGGGGAGGAAACAACUGGAUGGAGCAGUACACACUGUGCCAUAACUCGAGUCGAUACAUCUUCUUCGACGGCAUGCACACAACCGAGAGUGCAAACUCCCAGAUAGCUGAGCUGAUGUGGGACGGCCCGCCUUCAACCACUCAACCUUGGACCCUGAAACAACUUUUUGAACUUUAGGAUUUAGGCCAUGUUUGGUACAAAGGAUUCAAAACCGGAGCAUAGUACAGCUGUUACAAAAGAAAAUCGGCCAGUUUUGCAGAGAGAUUUUACUAUACUUCCUUUGAAGUUCUUACACGAAAUGUGACAUUAGUUUAUUAGUACCAGACAACAUAAAUUGAAAUGUUAAUUUA